GAAAUUGAAAAAAAAAACUUUAAACAAAACAAGAACCGGUGGACAAUUACUACUAUUUGACAGGGCUUUGUUUCACUGAAAAACCCCAAAUGCGGAUUAUUUUCUUAAUUCAGGAGCAAUAACAAUGCCUUAUUAUUUACAUAAACCCUGGUAGGCUGCUGUUCACUGAACAUAACAAGGCUGUAGGUUAUAGCUGCCAUUUUUAUUUCGGCUUUUGCCUCUGAUGGUUUGUUGCUGAGGAAGUGCAGGCAUCUGGACAUUAGUCGCUAGACAGCGCGAGUCGAGGCUGACGUUGCUGCGAUGGAGGCAAUUGGUGUCUCCUACUCGAACCCGUUGGAGGACUACGAGUUGAUUCACCGAAUCGGCAGUGGUACAUACGGAGAUGUAUUUAAGGCCCGAGACAUCAAGACGUCUGUGGUAUCUGCAAUCAAAGUUGUAAAACUAGAUCCUGGUGACGAUAUCUCAUCUAUCCAACAGGAGAUCACCAUGAUUAGAGAAUGCACUCACAAGAACAUUGUGGCCUAUUUCGGCAGCUACUUCAGAAAUAACAAGCUGUGGAUCUGCAUGGAGUACUGCGGCGGGGGUUCCCUGCAGGACAUUUAUCAUGCUACUGGCCCCCUGAACGAGAGGCAGAUUGCAUAUGUGUGCAGGGAAACACUCCAGGGACUGCGUCACUUACAUGAGACUGGGAAAAUGCACAGAGACAUAAAAGGAGCCAACGUUCUUCUAACAGAGCGAGGAGAUGUCAAACUGGCGGAUUUUGGCGUUGCAGCUGAGAUCAAUGCCUCUGUUGCCAAGAGGAAGUCCUUCAUAGGCACACCUUACUGGAUGGCACCCGAGGUGGCAGCAGUGGAGAAGAAAGGCGGGUACAACCAGCUAUGUGACAUCUGGGCAGUGGGCAUCACCGCUAUCGAGCUGGCAGAGCUUCAGCCUCCAAUGUUUGACCUGCACCCAAUGAGGGCCUUGAUGGUGAUGUCAAAGGGCAGCUUCCAGCCUCCCAAACUGAAGGACAAGUCCAAAUGGUCCGUUGACUUCCACAGCUUUGUGAAAGUAUCCCUCACCAAGAACCCUCGCAAAAGGCCCACUGCAGAGAAGUUGUUACAGCACCCCUUUGUGAGUCAGCGGCUGACCAGGACCCUGGCCAUUGAACUGCUGGACAUGGCCAGCAACCCUGUUCUGCAAACCUCACACACUAUGGAUGAGUGUGAUCUUGAGACAUGCAGUGCAUUCCCUGAUAAGAUCCAGUCUCUAGGGAAACACCUGUCGGUCCAGAGGACUCCGUCUGAGGAGCAGUUUGAUCUGCUAAAAUUUGGCCCUCCCAUGAGGAAGGAGACUGACCCCUCUCCUGACCUGGGAUCAUAUGACGAAUGGACCAUUUCAGGAGAUGAAAAGAACUCCUCGAGUCUACUGGAGUGUGUCGAGGAAGCAUUGCUUGAAAGGAGGUUAACCGUCAAGAGAGCGCCCUCUGCUGAGCACUCUCCUGAAGAAGAUGAUAUGGUGGUGAUGAUGAUGAUGGAUAAAUGUGGCACAGUGAAGAGGAGUGGGGUCCUCAGUCCUGCCCCAAGGCACACCAUGCCCCCGUCCACUGACACUACUUGCCCCAUAGAAUGCACAGGCAAUUAUGACUCCACCCCUUCCCCUGUCACACCUCCAUUCACAGACCCCACCCUGGCUGACCCCUCUCUCUUCAACUCUACCAUCUUUGCUGACACCACCAACUGUUCCUCUCCCUCUGAAGAAAAGGCUCAAAUCCAUCAUCCUGAGACACUAUACUGCGCUGAAGGGUCUGGACAGAGGCCGGAAAAGACGGCCGCCAAGGCCCAGCAGCCCCCACUGUCUCCAGAAUGGAGCACACUCAGGAGGAAAAACGAGGACUCUAGAGGUGAUUGCCAUGGACUUCCACCCACCCCCAAAGUCCAUAUGGGGGCCUGUUUUUCCAAGGUGUUUAAUGGCUGUCCAUUAAAUAUCCACUGUGCUGUCACAUGGGUCCUGCCAAAGACUAAAGAUCAACACCUCAUCCUGGGGACAGAGGAGGGCAUCUAUACCCUGAACCUCAACGAGCUCCAUGAGGACACAAUGGAGAAGUUAUUACCCCAGAGGUGCAGCUGGCUGUAUGUCAUGAACAAUGUGCUAAUGUCUAUCUCAGGGAAAUCAUCGCAGCUGUGCUCCCAGAGGCUGACCACCUUGUUUGAUCAUCGCAGACACCUGCCGAAGAGGCAGGGCCACCUGUCCAUCAACACCCACCGCCUCACCGAGAGGAUUAACUCAAGAAGGUUUUCUGUGUCUGGAAAGAUACCAGACACCAAAGGCUGUCGACGCUGCAGCGUUGUGCAAAACCCGUACACUGACAGCACAUUUUUGUGUGCUGUUGUACCAACUGGCCUUGUCCUACUGCUGUGGUACGAGCCCCUGCAGAAGUUCAUGCAACUCAAGCAUAUCGCUGUGAGUCUCCCAGAAAGCCUCCCCAUCUUUGAACUGCUUGUCCUGGAGAAAGAGGAGUUGCCACAGGUGUGUGUGGGUGUGCGCAAGUUACUACAGGCCCCUGUCAAGACCUGUGAGCAGGUCCACUUUGACAUCAUCCACUUGAAUGACACACCCAGAGCCCAGACAGGUAGUCAAUCUCUGAAGGUGAUGCAGGUGACUCAGCUGGACAGAGACACAGUACUGAUCACUCUGGAGAACACUGUGAAAAUUGUGAAUCUGAAUGGAAAUCCAAGCAAAGGGAGGACCUCAAAGUUGACCUUUGACUUUUCCAUUGAGACUCUUGUAUGUUUGCAGGAUAGUGUUCUGGCCUUCUGGAAGCAUGGGCUUAAAGGUAGAAGCUUGAAUAGUGAUGAGGUUACACAAGAGAUCACGGAUGAAAGUCGAAUAUUCAGAGUCUUGGGAACCUCAAGAGACAUUAUCUUGCAGAGUACUCUCACGGACAAUCCAUCUGCCUUAAGCAACUUGUACAUCCUGACGGGGCAUGAGAGUAGCUACUGAGGAAAUCUGAGAAUGGAGGACAUUCUGUCUCGAGGAAGUACGCAGCAGUCUCCUACUACUCCUAAAAGGACAAGAACAAAGUCAAUAAGGAUGGAGCAAGGAUGCCUACAAUGGCGAGUGGUUGGCCAAAGAGACACAGCUGGGACUGUCUGAGCUUUGAUUGGAGUGGGCUUUCCUCACGGCUUCUUCGCAUCCAACCGCCAAAUGGACCUGUUCAAAACAAUACCAGUGGCCUAGGCUACGUGAAGAUCUUGGCAUUGCAGUCACAGUUUUAUAAACCACACGUGUCAUAACUCUCCUGUGAGAGUUAGGAUCAGGUUACAGUGGGUCCGCUCUACAGCGUGCCCCCUCUCGGGAAGUCGGCUGUUUUUAUGGCGGUCAUAAAAUACGCUGCCUCUGAAACACGAGAUCCUUGGACAUAAUUUAAACAAUAUUUAUAUUUUUGGGAAUGUGGGAGUGGUCCGUGACCACUUAAGGGACAGUCAUGACAAGUGUGUUUCAUUUGGUGAUCUCAUGAAGGAUAGGAAACCCUCUACUGUGUCUUUGGUUGUGUACACUUCAUAAUUAUGGAGUUUACAUCUAAAUAUUGUAAAAUGUUUGUGAUUAAACAUGAAACUAUUUGUGAAAAGAUGUAAUGUGAUGUUAACCUUCUAAAUGAGAAAAUAUGGGUUUUCAUAUAGUUAACCAAAUCAGUGGCCACGCCCACAUGAGCAUAGACAUUGUCGGCGUCAUGGAGCGCCCUUUUCUCAGACGUAUAAAACCCACUCCUGACUAAAUUUACAUUAGACUAAAAAACAUGGAGCUGACGCUACAUGUUGAAAUGGUUAAGAACUACAACUCUAUAGGCCCAGGAGACCAGACAGCGUGUAGUGAUUGCCACACGGCUGGAAAUGGUUAAACUCUGAGACUAUUGAUCACUACAGAAUAAGAGCAAAUCCUAGACAUAGAAUUACUAGUCUGCAGCUGGAAAUUGCGUAAAUCUAGUACGAGAAUAACGACAACCGCGGAAGCAUCUAUUCUAUGCAACGGCCACCUGUACGCCUGACAUAUCCAUAACAACAGACACUAUCCAGAGCCGCUGAGAAAGCUACAACCGCGAACGACAUUGACUUCUGUGGACGUUAACCAGAGACUCUCUGAUGAACUGACUCUCCAGCAGACGGACCGACGAUUCCAACAGAGAAGAAAACGACAUACGGUCAUAAAUGUAUACAUUGCAAUUAUUUUCCAAUGAGCGGCCGUUCAUGUGCAAAGGAUUAGCAUUUCAAUUAAUAUGAUUAUCAACUGGGUAGUGAAUCCAUUUUGUCUUUCCCGCUCUUUCUGUCCCCACCCCUUUCCAUUGUCUACCAAGCCUCACAUAAUGGUUUAGCCCACUAGGGACUUUUCAAUGCGUUGUGUUAGUAACCAAUAACUAUAUUGUUUGUUUAUGUGUUUCUGUGAUUUGUUUAGUUAGUAAAUAAAUAAUUAAGCCAA